AUGGCUGACCUCAAUCCGCAAGGCUGGGCGGAGAGCUUACUACAUUAUCUGCAGCAUCACCCACCGCAAGUUCCUAUCAUCCCCAACCCACCCCAGAUCACCACAAGUACGCGAAAUCGCCAAUACAGUGCCUUUGAUAUCACUCAUCUUGGUCACUCGGUUCAGUUCAACUUGAAUACGAUUUUGGAGCAGUACAAUGUGCUGCUUCGAACUACUCCAAUCAACAACAAUCCUAUGCCACUAUCCUCUCCAAGGCCAAACAACUCGGGGAUGGGCUUAAGACGCCGUAUCAUUAUAUAUCUUGAGAGACUUGUUCAAUGUUCUCUUCAAAGCAUCUUUAAUCAACCGAGAAAAAGCGACAGACUCGAAGGGUACACUAUCUUGGACUUCGAAGAAGGCGAACUUGCUCAAGUAAUCGAGGAUUAUAAACCAGAUACUUCAUUUUAUGACACGGUUGCAAACCUACUGAACCGACCGAACCGCCUUCCAGGAGAGAUAAAGCCAUCUUAUACAUGGUCUACUGCACUGAACAUCCUGGGUCCAGGCAGGAAGUUUGAGUUCAAGCAGGUAUUAUCCCAACUGAACUGGUAUAUGAAGCAGCAUCAAGCAAAGUACGGCUUUCUUCUUACCGACCGCGAGCUUGUUGCUGUUAAACGCCUUGACGGACAGGGCAAGUUAGAACUGUCUGGUUCAAUACCCUGGGAUAUCCAUGGAAGUGAAGAUCAACCACGGCUCACAGUAUUACUCGCUUUAUGGUACUUGGGGAUGUUGGCGGCAAAUGACCAGGACUGGUAA